GAGGGGAAAGAGACGGAGGAGGAGGAAAAGGAGGAGGAAGAAGAAGAAGAAGGGAAAGAUGAAGAGAAAGCGGUGGAGGGGGAGGGGAAAGGGAAAUGGGUAGUGGAAGAGGAGAAGAAUGACCAAGGACAGGAGAAAGAGGGAGAGCAGAAGCAGCCUGAGGCCAAGGUGGUGACCAACCCAGCCGGUGAUGAGGACAGUACCGCUUUCAGGGUAUUUCAUCAUGAUAACAACAGCAGCGGAGAUGAGGCGGAUGAUGAUGAUUCUGAUAAGAAGAGGGAGAAGGCGGGACAGGAAGAUUACGAAGAACUGAGCUUGGAGGAGGACAGUAAUGCUGACACAGACGUGGACUUCUCCAGCGAGGGCAAGGAGUUGCAGCUGUAUGUAACCAUUACCAGCUCGGAGAUAGAUGACAUUGCUAUGCCCUUUAGAGCCAGCAACGCGAUGCACCGAGCCCUGGCAGAAGCCUACAAGAUGUACGUAGAAAGCAGGGCUCGAGGACGGGUUUUUUUCACCCUAGGAGGAGAAAGAAGGUAUGAGUCAUUAUCACCAAGGAUGAGCCCCUGGCCAGAUCGAGCUACAAAACCACCGCUGGCACCCAUGGUGAAUGUUUUCCGGCUGGUGCAGCGCUGCCUGAAUAAGGCAACUGCCCGCCGAAAGAAACGGCGGCGGCCUCGAUCGUCCAGUCAACAAUGCUCACGGAAUAAUAGUCAAAGCCGCCGUUCGGGGCGUGUCAUUAAGCAGACCUACCGCCCACUGCGACUGAGUUCUCGCCACCCGCUGCGACGCGUACUGCAGUACUUGAGCAGUCAGCAAGAUCGCCGAAUAUUUGCAAUUGAGAACCAGAUUGAUGGACGCAUGCUGCUGGAUGAGGACAGGGUCUACUUUGUGCAUGGGCUGCCCUGCCUGCUACUGCGAGUGAUGGCACCGAGUUUUGCAGACAUACGGCGCGGUCUGACCAUGCUUGAAGAGAGUAUGCCCCGGCUCUACACCAGACUGCUUGUGGCUGAUCGCCUGCCGAUUAUGCAGGGGACCAGAGCGCCCACCAAGAACAACUUCACCAAGUGUGGCUGGUACCAGAAUCGUAUCAAGGAGUCCGCCUUCGUCGCCUCAAUGCACUACUUUGGCAUAACUGAAUCAGGUUUCCGUGUGAAUGAGGCUCGCUGGGAUUGUCCAGGCAAGCGCUGCAGGGAUGUUGAGCUAUACGCGCAGGGUGAUCCCGCUUAUGCGACAGAUUUGUGUCUAAUACAAUCACGCGAUUUACUUUUCACCAGGUGGAACCAGUUUAUUUUUUAG